CCCCCACAUAAGAGGCAUGGUUCUGGACAAGGACAACUGCAUUGCAAGAGACAACGACGACAGAGUGUGGCCCGCUUACGAGGAGCGCUGGAGCUCUCUCAAGAAAGAAUACCCCGGAAGACUGCUUAUUGUGAGCAACUCGGCAGGCACAAAUGACGACGUGGACGGCCAGGCGCAGCGGCUCGAAAAAAAUACCGGGGUGCCUGUUCUGCGGCACUCCACCAAGAAGCCCGGGUGCUGGCCUGAGAUCGUGGCCUGGUUCGAGCAGCGUGGCGUGGCGCCGCACGAGAUCGCCGUCGUGGGCGACCGUCUAUUCACAGACAUCCUGAUGGCAAACAUGAUGGGCUCGUACGGGGUGUGGGUGCGCGAGGGGGUGCACCUCUCCUCGUCUGUGCUCUGCCGUUUUGAGCGCUUGCUGAAAAAAUAAAUAAAAUAUAUCUGGCUACCAUCAGCUACCAUGGCCUCCCGCAACAAUAUAUCCACGUUUCGGCUGCUUUUGGAGGCACACGGCUGUCCUGCCGAUAUCCGCCCAGCCCGGAUCACCGAGGUGGCCAACUGGGACGCCAUUUUCUCCGAUCCCAAGAUGUUCUCCUCGAUGCUCAUCUACAUAGCCUUCAUGAUGGCACAACUGGGGCUCAGUUACGCCGGGUUCGUGUACUUUGAGGUUGAAAAUAGACCCGCCAUCUACAGUGUGUCGAUGCUGUACAAUAUAUUUGCGUCGUACUUCUUCCCGAUCCUCAUAGCCAGCACCAUGGAGGAGAACCUGGAGAACCCGUUCGAGAGCCUUCGCAAGGAGGUGCGCGCGUGCCAGGGUUUUGUGGUGUGCGUGUGCAUUCAGGCAGUGGCUCUGGCGCUGUCUGUCUGGUCCACGGUGCGGAUCUUCAAGACAGAGCGGGUGCUGCUGGUUGAUUUCGACUACGUUUCCAAACGCACCAAGAAAAUCGACGUCACCAGCAUGAUCAAGGUGUUUCAGGUGGUGAGCCUGAGUCUGACGGUGUUUGGGUUUCUGAUGAGCCUCGUGAACUUUGUGAUCACAAGAAACAGGCUCAUCCGGUAUCUGCACCGCAUCGAGCGUGAGGGCGAGCACGAAUGGGCCAGAGACAAUCUGCCGGACGACUUCUACGAGCGAUGCAUCAAGACACGCCGCAGCACGGCUAAAUAG